AUGCUAUCAUUAGCUAAAACAGGGCUUGAAUUUAACCGCGACAACCACGACAUCGGUAUAAACAACGAGGGCGCAGCCGUUUCGGAAGAGUGUGUCAAAGGUGUUUACCUGCAGGGCCGGACAGAGGACGGCGUGGGCAUGAUGUUUGGCGUCAACCACCAGGGACACUUCCUGCUCACCAACCUGCUGCUGGAGCGCCUGAAGGAGUGCCAACGGAGUCGCGUGGUCAACGUGUCGUCCCUGGCGCACAACUUUGGAAAAAUCGACUUCGAUUGCCUGACCAAGCACAAAGCUCUGGGCUUGGGGACGUCCUUCGCCCAGGUGUCUCAGAUCUACUCAGGAAGCAAACUGUGCAACGUCCUCUUUACUCACCAGCUGGCCAAGAGACUGCAAGGAAGCCAAGUCACCUGCUACGCUCUCCAUCCAGAGUCAAGUGCACCAGCAGCAGCAGCAGCUGUCUGUCAGCCCCCAAGUCCCCCUGCCCCUGAAUCAGCCCCAGUGCCCCCACAGGAGGAAGGAGGGGGCAGCAGACUUGAUGAGCAACACUGCUGAGGGGAGAAACCACAACAAUGAAGUCUGCAACAGAACAAGAUGACUUAACUGCAUGGACAUCUUCCUCAUGAAGAAAAAAGUUUAGCAUGGUGAUGGAGUCACGUGAGGCGAACAAUGGACCAGCGAGGAAGGGAGGUUGACACUCGCAUGGAACGUUCUCUGAUCAGCCAUCGAGGGCAGGUGAGUCUCCUGAUCGCUUAUCAGAAGCAGGUGUGUACAAUCAGGGCUCCUAGCAACCAAACGUAACCAAGGAACAGAAACUAAAUCACAAUUAUAGGGGAACGAAACACUAACCUAAAUGUUGAAAGAGCCAUAUUGGACCAAAAAUACAAAAAAACUAUCUGUCUGGAGCAGCAAAAACUUAAAAGUCUUAUAUAAGUGUUAUAAUGAA